AUGUCCGUGGCGUUCUUAGCUGAUAAGACGCAAUCCAAGUUCUCCAUAUCAGAUUUGAAAAAUACGGCUUCGAGUCUUGGAGUUGAGAUCCCGGAUGGCCAAGAGGCGGAGGAUUAUCUACAUUUGCUGCAGUCUGCAGAGGCAGUCAUGAGACAAAUCCAAGCCGAGGAUGAUUACAUCCACCCUGCGCUAUCCCCCGUGCCAACUAUUGCAGCACGAACAUCCUGGGAGCCGAAAAAGGAAGACAAUCCUUUGAACGCGUGGAGAUAUUGUUGCGAGCUCGUGGCAUCAAGCCCGUCCAGCGCGACGCUCAGGGGGAAGACCAUUGCGAUCAAAGAUAACAUAUCCAUCGGGGGUAUUCCGACAACGGUCGGAACAUUUACCGAGCUAUUAUGCCCCGAUGGCCAUCUUCCAAAUUCACCGAUCGAUGCAUCGGUCGUAUCACGGGUUCUUCUGGCCGGUGCAACCAUCAAAGGAUCCUCAACCUGCGAGAAUUAUUGCGCGUCGCCGCUCUCCUAUAGUGCCUCGACAGGUCCGGUGCACAACCCUCGGCUAAAAGGCUAUACCGCAGGCGGCAGUAGCAGCGGCUCUGCAGCUCUUGUCGCCGCAAGACUCUUGAAAGGAGAAGAUGGGCGAUCAUGUGGAGAAACGGUGGAUAUUGCCAUUGGAGGCGACCAGGCUGGUUCGGUUCGGAUACCUGCAUCUUAUAGCGGGAUUUACGGAUUGAAGCCCACAUAUGGCUUGGUUCCAUACACGGGAGCUGUCCCCUUGGCGCCUAUGAUUGACCAUUUGGGUCCGCUUGCUGGGAACCUCGAAGAUAUUGCCACAUUACUUCAAGUGAUGGCGGGUUAUGACGGGAUCGAUCCUCGAAUGACUCCUGAAUCUCCGCUGCGACAUCAGGUUGUGAAUUACGCGAAAGUCUUGCGGGAUUUCAAGACACGUACCCUUGAAGAUGGGGAGGAAUUUGGGUCUGGAUUGAGGAUUGGAUUACUCGUGGAAUCCUUUGGGGUCCCUGGGUUGUCGGAUCAGGUCCGCGAUACGGUACUCGAAGCAGCCCGACGCUGCUUCACCGCAGCCGGGGCCAAAGUGGUGGAGAUUUCUGUCCCUAUGCAUCGCCAGGGAGCUCUCAUUUGGACGGCGUCAACCAGAAUGUCCAUGUCCGAAUGGGCAUGCCAAGGCAGGACAUCAGGAUUCCUAUCGUUUCUGCCGCCGCACAUUCGGACUCGCUGGCCUCCAGACCAGAAAAUGUACGAGCUGUUGACAGCCACCAAUCCAGCAGCAAUGAACAUGAUGCUUAGCGGUCAAUUUCUUCACGAACACUUCGGCCCGAGUGUGGAGGCCAAGGCCCAUCGCAAAGUGUUUGAGCUCCGUGCGGCUUAUGACAGGGCAUUGACGGAGGUCGAUAUUCUCGUCACGCCUUGCGCCCCGACAGUUGCUAUGCCGCAUCCCAAAAUGGACUCUGAUGAGGGCCCUAGUUCGAGUGUUAUGGAAAAGGUGUCGGUCGCUGUUGGUGUGACUACCAAUACAGCGCCAUUUAAUGUCACUGGGCAUCCCGCUUUGAAUGUACCCUGUGGAUUCGGGCGAGGUUCAGCUCAUGCCGAAGUAAAUUUACCGAUUGGGAUGCAGCUUGUUGGAAGGAGGUGGGAAGAUGCCAUGGUUCUCAAAGCAGCAGCAGUGUUUGAGGAAGGCUGGAAAUUGACACCCCAGGAUUGUAGUGGGUAA